CCGCCCCCUAACAGAAAACUGACCAAUCACAGAAGCGUUAUGUGUAGCAGAAGCUUUCGCGGACUUGAAAGUUGAAAACAAGCUACAGCCGCUAUAGGAGAAGAAUGGAGAACAGUGAAAAAACAGAUUCAUCUAAGAUCACAGCAUACUUGACCAGUCCAGGAAAGAAGAAUUGUAUGGAAAAUGAUAAAUCUGAUUCCAAGUGUUUCACCCCUUGUAAAGUAGAAUUGAAUUCAAAUUCCUUUGCAACACCUUGUAGUGAUAGGAAGGGAAUCAACAAAACAGGCAAACCAGUGAUGACCGUCAACUCACCAAGGGCCAGGAUGAAUAGAAAAAAAAAAUUGAUAGAAACUGGCCUAGACAACAAGCUGUUGACUGAUUAUUUUCCAGUACGUAGAAGCUGUCGCAAACCAAAGUCAGAAAUAGAGAAAGAAAAACGGGCAGAACUUGAAGAAAAGAUAUUAAAUAAUGUGGAGGAAGGAUUAGAGGUUGCUACUUUGGGAGAAAAAGGUAGAGGAGUCGUUGCCACCAGGAAAUUUUUACGAGGAGAUUUUGUGGUGGAAUAUGCAGGGGACCUGAUAGAUCUUUCCACAGCAAAGCAACGAGAAAAGGAGUAUUCUGAAAAUCCACAGUUCGGGUGUUACAUGUACUACUUUGUUCACAAAAACAGACACUACUGCAUUGAUGCAACAGCUGAAAGUGGAAGAUUAGGACGUCUCAUAAACCACAGUAAAACAUCAGGAAAUUGUCAUACAAAACUCACGGAGAUUAAUGCCCGACCCUACCUCAUGCUCAUGGCUUCCAGAGACAUUUCUGUGGGAGAGGAACUCUUAUAUGAUUACGGGGACAGAAAAAAGGAAUCCUUAGAAUCUCAUCCAUGGCUCAAAUUUUAACAGUGAUUUAUAUACUGAGUGUGGUUGUGUAUUGAAUUUUCUCUUCAAAUGUAAUUUGAAUUCCAUUAUAUUUAAUUUGUUAAGAUUCAGUCCAUGAUGUAAAUAGCAUUAUGUAAUACUACUGUUACUGUGUCAUUUGUGCAUACAUGUCAUCAUUUUGAACAAGCUAGUAUCUAGCUGUUAAAAUAGCUGUUAUGUAUACAUGUACAUUUUACAUGAUCAUCAAGAAAUUACAAGAUUAAAAAUUAGCAAUGCUAAA